CCUUAUAAAACCUCAACAAACCCCAAACCUGUACCUUCUCUUCCAACUCCUAUUGACACACAAGCACAUACACACGCAGGAAAAGAUUGAACACCAUGAGCUGCACAAGGAUCAGCGGUGCAGUCAUCGUUUUUGCCUUGCUCUUCGCCCCGUUAUUGCUCAUGCUCUGCCUUCCCCUUGCCUGCGCUCGCCAUGUGGUGGCGCUGGAGGCCAAAGAUGGCCUGAACAUCGGAGGAGGCCGGCAUGUGGAUGUGGUUGGUGAUGACGCAGGAAAGGCUGUCCGCGUCUCGAACCACGGCGGCUCACGGCCAGCGAGGACGGUGGAGUUGCCCGCGGCGAGGAGGCACCGGGUGGACGCGGCGGACGAGUUGCACGACAUGCUGAGGAGGGACUACGCGUGGAGGGCGAGGCGCCGCAAGCCCAUCCACAACGACGAGCCACGCGACGAUGAGCCCUGAGUCUGUCAGACCUUCCCCGCAGCGCAGCUAGGUACAUAGUUACAAGAAGCUUAGCUAGCUAGAUCAGUGUUUUACUACUGCUACCGCUACUAGAUUUGCAGGCUUGGAGGAUACCCAAAUAUAGCUUAGAUGCCCAAAUACUAUGGAAUAAUGAUGCCCUGGUUGUGGUUGGCUAGGUAUAUCAUUAGUUGGUCAGCUAGCCUUAAUCCAGCAUCCAAGAUGGACAUCAGGUUUAGCCUUGUUUUUUACAAGAACUGCUGGAUAGGAGUUCAUGAGAAAAAAAGGGGCAGUUUUGUGCCGGAUGUGCAGGCUUGGGGGUACCAUACAUGUAAUGUCCUAUAUAUCCACCGGUAAUCAGUUUGGCGGAUA